AGCUGCUCUGUGUACUGUAGCCCGAUCAUCAUGCGUGAAAUUGUACAUCUGCAAAUUGGACAAUGUGGCAACCAGAUCGGCUCAAAGUUUUGGGAAGUAAUCAGUGAAGAACAUGGGCUCAAUGCAACAGGCAUCUAUGAGGGAGACAGCAAACUCCAACUGGAGAGGGUCAACGUCUACUUCAAUGAGGCACAUGGCGGUAAAUAUGUCCCCAGGGCCCUGCUUGUUGACCUGGAGCCUGGUACGAUGGACAGUGUAAGAGGAAGCCGCAUCGGGGCUCUUUUUAGGCCUGACAACUUCAUCCACGGGAACUCAGGAGCUGGGAAUAACUGGGCAAAGGGCCACUACACAGAGGGAGCGGAGCUGGUGGAGCAGGUGAUUGACAGAGUGAGGAACGAGAGUGAAAGCUGUGAUUGCCUGCAGGGCUUCCAGCUGGUUCACUCACUGGGGGGUGGCACCGGCUCUGGCAUGGGAACCCUCAUCAUCAACAAGAUCCGAGAGGAGUACCCUGACCGUAUCAUGAACACCUUCAGCGUCAUGCCCUCCCCUAAAGUCUCUGACACAGUGGUGGAACCCUACAAUGCCACCCUGUCAGUCCACCAGCUCCUGGAGAACACAGACGAGACCUUCUGCAUAGACAAUGAGGCCCUCUAUGACAUCUGUUUCCGCACGCUAAAACUGACCACGCCGACUUACGGGGACCUCAACCACCUGGUCUGCAUGACCAUGAGCGGGGUCACGACCUCUCUGAGAUUCCCCGGACAGCUCAACGCAGACCUGAGAAAGCUGGCUGUCAACAUGGUGCCUUUCCCUCGCCUCCACUUCUUCAUGCCAGGCUUUGCCCCCCUCACGCCCCGUGGCAGCCAGCAGUAUCGAGCCCUCACGGUGCCUGAGCUCACCCAGCAGAUAUUUGAUGCCCGUAACAUGAUGACUGCAUGCGACCCAAGGAGGGGGCGGUACCUCACGGUUGCUGCCAUCUUCCGUGGUCGGAUGUCCACCAAACAGGUAGAAGAACAGAUGCUUGCAAUGCAGCUGAAAAAUAGCAAUUACUUUGUGGACUGGAUCCCACAUAACGUCAAGGUUGCCGUGUGUGACAUCCCACCCCGAGGCCUCAAAAUGUCCUCCACCUUCAUCGGCAACAACACAGCCAUUCAGGAGAUAUUCAGGCGUGUGGGCGAGCAGUUCUCCCUAAUGUUCAAACGGAAGGCUUUUCUCCACUGGUAUACAGGGGAAGGUAUGGAUGAAAUGGAGUUCACUGAGGCAGAGAGCAACCUCAACGACCUGGUGUCAGAGUACCAGCAGUACCAAGAUGCCACCGCUGAUCUAGAUUGGGAAGUGGAGGAGGAAGAAGUGGAGGGACCUGCAUUACCAGCUACAGCAAUGGUUCAGUCUAAGAUGGAAGUUAAACUGGAAACAGUGACUGAAAUGAGCAAAGACGCUGUGGAUGAGUAGAAGACGUAGGGCAUACAGUGUGGUGUGUAGGUUUGACACCUUGUCAGAAAGGAUAUGGAUAAUAUGUGGGAUUGUUAGUCUGAAAAUGAAAUUUUAUUUUUUUGUUUAAUUUAGGUAUAUAUGGUUGAUUUAGACAGCCUUUACUUGAUAAAAGAUGCUGUGACAUAUUUAAACAAUAGUGCUUGUUGUCUUUUAUAUUCUUCAAAUGACUUGUAUGCUUUGCUUUUGAGAAGUUUUUUCUUUUAUAUUAAAUAUUUGAAAAUUGUGGACAUUGUGCAUGUAUAUAUAGAUUUUUUUAUGUUAUGCAAACUUUAUAUAAUCCACAGCCAUAAAAAUGAAAUUGUGAUGUUAA